UAUUUCCAGAUCAAUUCAUCAACUGGUCAUCUGCAGUUACUAAUGCCACUGGACACAGACACAGAGGGUGCAAACAUAUACUUGAGACUUAAGGGAUACCAAGAGGAUAACUCUGACAAAUAUGCUGUUGCUAGUGUUAUCGUCUAUGUCACAGAGCAUGCACACACUCCCACGACAGUGAGCCCUGGGUUAACUAGACCUGGGGGAAUAUCACUAUACACCAGUGCUACUGGUGACUACAACUCUACAUCAAUAACUCCAACAUCCACCAACAUAUCUUCAGUGUCAGGGGCUACUGAUGCUGGAACCACCUCGAAUACUAGUGACAUUUUGGAAACAACAAUGGCAAGCGGCAAUGCUACAAGUAGAACAACUACGUCUGCUGGUACACAACCUUUGGUUCCUGAUGGAACCCUUAACACAGGCAGUUCUGGUAAUACAGUUACCCCCGCAACAGAUGGAACAGCCACUUUUAGUUCAUUUAUAUCAAGUGUGACUACACCUUUGAGUUCUGGGGGAGUGACAACAAGUGCUGCCACAAGAAAUACCAAUUUAUCUGGUUCACCAAACCCUGGAGAUAUUACAACACAAACAACUGAUAUUAUGCAUAAUACAAAUCUUUCUGAUUCCACUAUGAUAUCAUAUCCUAGCAUUCUGACUGUCACAGCUAACACAGUAGUCAUCGGCACAACCAAACACAAUUAUAACAGCACAUCCAACACAGCUGUAACCAUGGAGACGGGUCCCAGCAAAUGGCCUCCAGGUGGCACCACUGAGGACAGUAAUGAACACAGGAACAGCACAGGAACACCACAAAUAAAGAAUUACACUUCCAGUAGUUUCACUGACCAGAAUAUCACAGGCACAGGGGUAACUGAAUCAUUCAGUCCUGGUUUUACUGGACAGAAUGGUUCUGAAGCAUCUGGCACAACUUUUUCUUCUGUUGUUGUUACAAACAAUAAUGUGACUGAAACUCCCCAAGGAGACUUUAACAGUACCAUUUCCAGUGUCUCAAAUGAAACAGUCAUAAUGAAUUCCACAAAAUUAACAACUCAUAUAUGGAAAGAUUUUCCCAACACAACAGAAAUGUCAAAGCAGGUGACUCUGGGAACAACUGAGGGUGUUGUGGGGAAUCCUGCUGGUGCAGACAGCCAAGAGAUGUCAACAAACUCCUGGGCUGUAAAACUCUCUGUUGGGGCUGUCGUUGCUGUGCUGACCAUCGGCCUGCUUCUGGCAGCUUUUUUCGUCAGGAGUCGUUCUCGGGUGGGCACCAAGUACAUGUUAGACACGUAUGAUUUAGAGGAGGCCAAGCCACGGACAUAUCAAAGAGACAAAUGGAAUUCAACGCGAUACAAGUUAUUCUUAAGUCAGUCACCAAGUAAAAAAUGACAGAUAUAAAAGACAGAU